AUGCAGACGUUAUAUAAGAAAGGCUUGGUGCCUCAGCUGUCAACGGCGCGUCGACACCGUGAACAAACUUUCACUAUAUCCACUGACAGCGAUGGCGAUAUGGCUAGCCAUUUCUCGUUUGGAGGAAACGGCCUUGAGGGAGAGCUAGAGGACGAGCAAGAUGACGAACCAGGCACGAAGAGACGAAGGACUCUUCCUGCGAGGAAUCGCCGUAAACCCAUUCGCUAUGGUUACUCGCUUGUCGGGGGUGAUGAUGACGGGACCCCCAGCCCCGAGCAACAAAAUGAUACCCAAACGGAAGAUGAUAGGAUUAUGAAGCUAUUGGAGAUGAUGCGCGCAGAUGAUUUUAAUAAGAUCCAUGAAAUGGCAAAAAUGUCCUUCGCCGAGACAAGGAGGGCUGAAGAUGCGCUUCGCGAGAAGACCGAGCUUGAAUCUCGAUUUAAAGAAACCGACGAGAAACUUCUGCAAUUGAUGGAACAUAUCAAGAAAGAACAAGAGUCAAAGGCACAGAUGGAGAGCAUACAGAAUAGCUCUAACGUGGCCUUUCUAGGAAUGGAAGACGGUGACAAGGAGAAGAUCAAAGCCGCGUGGGAGGCUGUGGGCAAGAACCUGGACAAACUCAGCCAUCAGCAAUGGAAAGAAGAUAAUUUGGAGGAUGCAAUGAAUACACUCCAGAAAGUUAUUGAUAAAUUCACCGCUGACUCGACGAUGAAACCUGGUGUCUCUCCCAACAUUCCUUUGAUGGAAGCUACCAAUAGCAACCAGCUGAAUGGCGGAUUCUCAGGCUCUCCCUCUAUCGGCAAUCGAAGUUGGGCUCCCCCAGCUUGA